AUGGCGGCCGCGGGGCGCUCGGGGCGGCCGCUGCAGCUGACGCUGGCGCUGCUGAAGCCGGACGCCGUGGCCCACCCGCUGGUGCUGGAGGCCGUGCACGAAACCAUCCUCAGCAACCGGUUCCUCAUCGUGCGCGCCAAGAAGCUGCGCUGCGGGCGGGAGGAGAGCCGCCGCUUCUACCGGGAGCACGCGGGGCGGUUCUUCUACCAGCGGCUGGUGGAGUUCAUGGCCAGUGGCCCCAUGUGGGCUUAUAUCUUGGCCCAUGAGAAUGCUGUCCCCCUCUGGAGAUCCCUGAUGGGACCCACCAAAGUAUUCCGAGCCCGAAACAUCGUCCCGGACUCCAUCCGAGGAGCUUAUGGCCUCACUGACACCAGGAAUACCACUCAUGGCUCAGAUUCACCAGCAUCAGCCAGCAGAGAAAUUGCCUUUUUCUUCCAGUUCAAUGAACAGCUCUGGUACCAGCAGGAAGAGCCACGUCUGCGCUGUGGGCAGGUGUAUUACAAUGCAGAGGAGCGUGUCCACUGUGUGUUCAGGGAUGAAGAAACAGAGUUGACCUGAGUUACCCAGGGGUAUGGUUUGCUGAGCUGCAAGUAGCUGCUAGGCACAUUGUUUGGGUCAGCCCCAUGACAAGACAGGCAUGGCGUGUUUUGAGGAGUGUGUGGGAGGGAAAGACCUAAUGCACAUUAUGUUGUGCUACCUGGGAUUAUGUUGUUCAUGCAGCAUACAGGUGCUGGUGCAUUUUAGGAAAAACUGCUCAAGUAGCAGUACUCCAGCUUGAUAGAGAGGUCUAGCCAUGCAGUUCACUGGUCCCUCGUGUUUAUUUGGAUAUGAGCAGUACAGGUGAGUUCAUCAAAGGGCUAGGUGGAAAGGUGGUUGCUAGUUCCAGUUAGGAUAUGAUUGGUUUUGUUGAUGGUAGGCCUCAGAUUCUUCAUAUUUGCUCUGUUCCCACAGUCCCUUAAGGAGAAAAGAGGAGGAAAAAGAAUAUGAAAAAAUGCAGUGGUAAGCAGGGCAAUAUUAACUCUCCACUCCUUGCUUUCUUGGAUCCAAGCUGAGAAACAAGAUUAUCUUCAGUUUUGUAUCAUGAUUCAUAUCGUAAGCAUCUGGUGGAGGGCACAGUUAGAAGCCAUUCUCAAGAGGAAAGCAGCAUAUCCUAUUGGUUCAGUUUGAUCUGGGCUGACAAGCCUGCAACAGAAGUUCUAGGGGAAGUUGCAGAAAGGUGUGGAGUAGUCCGGUGCCUGUGAAGGAUCUUCUGUGUUGUGCUUUUAGAUUCCCUGGGGCAUGAGAUCAGUAGUUCCGAUGAAACUUGAUAGUGGCUAUUAGAGCUAUGGAUUUCUUGAAUCCCUAAUAAAAUGCCAGAGAAGUUAAUUUGAAUGCUGGUACACAGAGGCUGUAGAAUUGCUGCCAGGAGCUCUUUACAUUAAGCCUUGUAACAAAAUGCCUAAUGGCGACUCAAAGACUUCAUUGCCUGUAGACUUACUGGGCAUUGAAGCACUGAGUUCCAUAUCCUUUGUAAAUUACAUGGACGGUCAUUUAAUUAUCCAGAUAAUUAAUAAAAUUAUUAUAUGGUGGUGCAUGAGGACUUGGUUUUGAGGUAUAAUGCAAGGUUCUGACAUGCUUAUUUAUGUUUUCCUCUUUUAUGCGUUUUGAGAUCUGUUUCUGUAUGAGUUUUUAAUCCAUUUAAACUGUCCCCCUAAUAGCUUCUUACAAUGCUAAUUUCUUUAAUUAAGGUGCCAUGUUGUACUGAGUGAAUUUCUUUCGGAUAAUUUAAAAUGCACUGUAUUGGUGAAGGUACCUUUGUGAUGUACUCGGGACAAGAAGUUUAUUAGCUUGACUCUACUUUCUGAAGUUAUGUGUGACUAGCAUUUAGUGACUAGUCACUAAAGCUGUUGACUGAGCUGUUGACCGAGUCCCAAAUUUACUAGUGCAUUAUUGUGUCACAGAUCAAAGGCAAGUUACUCUUUGGCUAGUUUAAGACAACUAUGUGAAACGUUGGGCAUUUGAUUGAAAAAUGUUUAAUUGUAGGAAGUGCUGCCGUAGAGCUUCCUUGAUUAAAUACAUCAACAUUUUUGUUCCUUCCUUACUAUUAUAUGAGAUUAAAUGCAGUCGUUGUUUUGUUCCAGGUACAGAUCAAAAGGAUCUGCGGAAUAUUUCUGCAUUUUUGCAUUGCUGCUUUUAUUUUCACCAGCAGUAUCCAAUGGUGGAUCUGCUCAUGAUCGAGUAUGCAUUUAUACAGGUCUGAAAUGUUGCUGUCCUUAAUGCUACUGUCAAUUGAUGUUUUAUUGACUCCCUGAGUUUCUGUUAUGUGUGUUUUUCUUGUAACUAUUAACCCUUACUAUUUUUUUCACCUUUCUUCUUUAUAUUGUACUUUCUUUUUUGGGUAUUAAUUUGGGAUGUCAUUAAAUGAUAAUUCCUCGCUUACA